AUGUAUAAUUCGACAGUGAACUUUACUACACCAGAAGCGCCUAUCAACUCCACAUCUCUUUUUAUUGAGCUAAUAUGGAGUUUGGAAAUUUGUAUACAAAGCUUUGGUUUAUUGUUUGGUCUUCCCGCACACUUCUAUGUUAUAUAUCUCAUCAUCAUCACAGAAUCAGGAGGCAGAAUCCCAUCCGAGUUCUUCAUCCUCAACCUCUCUGUUUGUGAAACUGUUAACUGUCUGAAUUGUUUGGUUACGAUACUGUCAACGUGGUUUUUAAGUCUCAAAAUGAUAGUACAGUUCAUAACAGGAUUAGGCAUCACCGGUCGUCCUCUGUUUCAGUGUCUGAUCUGUGUCGAGCGUUACCUGGCUGUGGUUCAUCCUGUAACCUUUCUGAAGUACAAACCUCUCAGAUAUAAAGUCAUCUGCUGCACUGCUGCCUGGAUCAUCGGUCUUGGUUCCUGUUUGUGCCACAUCUUUAUUUCAGCCAUACAAGACUCUGUUGGACAGGCAUGGUUCUUCUCGAUUCAGUUCCUCGUCUUUCUCUCCGUUCAGUUGUUUUGUUGUGUGGCUGUUCUCAGAGCUCUGAAGCAGUCAGGACCAGGAGAGAGAGGGAGAGAGAGAGAGGAGGAAAACCACAUGAAGAGAAGAGCGUUUCAUCUCAUUCUCAUAACUAUUGUCAGCACAGUUAUCAUAUACAUUCCAAUUAUUUUGACCGGAGUUUGUUUUGUUCUCAUACAGCAGGCAAUUUCUCAGACAGUUUGGCUUCCUUCUGCUUUUUGUUAUAUUCUCGCUGGUUUUGUUCAGUCUAUUCUUUAUCUUUACAGAGCUGGAAAACUCCCCUGCUUCUGUUUUUCAAAAACCAAAGGAAAAUGUUAA